AUGGUCAAGGUUUCCACCCUCCUUGCCGGCGCCGGCGUCGGCGUUGCCUGCGUUGCUGCUGCCCCCACUGAGCUCGCCGAGCGCGCCAGCUGCACUUUCACCGACGCUGCCUCUGCCAUCAAGGGCAAGACGUCCUGCACCACCAUCACCCUGAACAACAUUGCUGUUCCUGCCGGCACCACGCUCGAUCUCACUGGCCUGAAGUCGGGCACCAGCGUUGUUUUCCAGGGCACCACCUCCUUCGGUUACAAGGAGUGGGAGGGCCCUCUCAUUUCCGUCUCUGGCACCAACAUCCAGGUGUCCGGUGCCUCCGGCCACGUCAUCGACGGCAAUGGUGCCAAGUGGUGGGACAGCAAGGGUAGCAACGGCGGCAAGACCAAGCCCAAGUUCUUCUACGCCCACAGCCUGAAGGGCACUUCUUCGAUCAAGGGCCUGAACGUCAAGAACACGCCUGUUCAGGGCUUUUCGAUCAACAGCUCCUCCGGACUGACUCUGGAUUCGAUUACCAUCGACAACUCGGCCGGUGACUCCGCUGGCGGCCACAACACUGACGCCUUCGACGUUGGUUCGUCCACGGAUAUUACCAUCUCCAACUCGAACAUCCAGAACCAGGACGACUGCCUGGCUGUGAACUCUGGUACCAACAUCAAGUUCACCGGCAACACCUGCUCCGGCGGUCACGGUAUUUCGAUCGGCUCCGUUGGCGGCCGUUCCGACAACACCGUCAAGGGCGUCACCGUUACGAACUGCACGAUCAAGAACUCGGACAACGGUGUUCGCAUCAAGACCGUGUCCGGUGCCACCGGCUCCGUGUCUGGCGUCACCUACUCUGGCAUCACCCUCAGCAACAUUGCCAAGUACGGCAUUGUCAUUGAGCAGGACUACGAGAACGGCUCCCCCACUGGUACCCCUACCAGCGGUGUCCCGAUCACUGACCUCACCCUCAAGAACAUCAAGGGUACCGUCAAGUCCUCCGGCACUGACAUCUACAUCCUCUGCGCCAAGGGUGCUUGCUCUGGAUGGACUGGAUCUGGUAUCAGCGUCACUGGCGGCAAGACCAGCACCAAGUGCUCCAACAUCCCCAGCGGCUCUGGCAUCUCUUGCUAA